CCACUAUUUUCACUUUACACAAGCAAAAGUCAGGUCUUCUGCCGUAGAGAUCCUAACAACAGAAGUUCCUGCUGUCAGCCAGACACAAUGCCUCAAAUCGGCUGGUAUGGCCUUGGCUCCAUGGGCCUGGCCAUGGCCAGUAACCUUCAAAGACACCUGACCAGCAAACGAGCCAUGAACCUGAUCUAUUCCAACCGAACAAUGGCCCGCGGAGACACCCUGAAGGCACUGGGCGGUACUCCGGAGUCGAGCUUCCCGGACCUAGUCGCCAAAUGUGGCAUUAUAUUCACGAUGGUAUCCAACGACACCGUGUUGCAGCAACUCAUCUCGUCCGCCACCGGCUCAGGGCUCUCACUCCGCGACAAAAUCUUCGUAGAUUGCUCGACCGUCCAUCCCGAGACGGUGGGUCUGACCGUCGCCAAGCUCAAAACAAAAGAGGCAUCAUUCGUCGCCGCUCCUGUCUUCGGUGGGAACCCCAUUGCCGUUGACGGUAAACUCGUCUUCGCCAUCGGGGGCCCGAAGCACGCAUCCGACGCCGUCAAGCCCUUGAUCCAGGAUGUGAUGGGUAGGAAGAUCAUCGAUUGUGGUGAGGAUGCCACGAGGUCGUCGUUGUUGAAGAUCGCUGGCAACAUCGUCACCGUCAACAUGAUGGAAGCUGUAGGCGAAGCGCAGGUCUUCGCCGAACGUACCGGGCUGGGAACGGGGCCGAUGGAGGAGCUCAUCGGCGAAGCCUUUGGCCCCGUCGCGGGCGGCUACUCUAAAAGGUUGACGACGGGCGUUUACGCCCCUCCGCUGGCCUCCCGGCCUGGUUUCGGAGUGUCUUUGGCUAUCAAGGAUGCCAAGCAUGCUCUGGCUAUGGCCAAGGACAGCGAAGUUGAGCUUCCAGGUUUGAAGCUGGCUCUGGACAACAUGGAGGCUGCCAGGGAGUAUGGCGGCGAAUGCUUAGAUAGCAGUUCCAUGUAUGGUGUUCUACGCCAGAAGGCGGGAUUGCCCUUCUGGAAUGAGAAGAGCAGACAAGGGAACUCGUCAUGAUUAUGAAAUUGGUCACGCUAUCAUGCAGCAUGGACACAGUCAGUCUG